UGACACUGUUUCAGCUUCUACAAAAAGCAUGGGGGGAAGGCAAGAGUGCAAAAGUCGGUGCGAAAGCGACGAUACAACAAUGCUGCGCAGCUCCAAGUGCAGUCACAAGUCACUACCCAGCAAGCGGUGAUAGAUGCUGCUGUUGUUACGGAAACGGCAAGUUCCUCGGGAUCUCUUGGACAUACAACACUGAUGAAUAUACUCGAAACUUCUCAAUCAUCAUUACCUGUGCCAAUGUAUCCUACAGGCUUCUCAGACACAAUUAGUGAUAUGCAUUGGGCAGCCGAGGAUUCAUUAUUUUCCGGCCUCAUACUUCCAGAUGGAACGGAUCAGAACUUUGGUUUAUCUGGUAACACCGGUACAGGUAGCUCGACUGAGAUUUAUCCGUCACAAGCACCGACAUAUACAGCAGAUCUUUCCUCUCGAACUACGCCAUCAUUGAUACUCUCACCCCGAACGGCGUCUCCCACUUCGACAUCUAAUUCACAAAAUCUCGAAUGCAGCAGUCACAAAACUUUAGCUACGAUAUCUGAAACCAAUAAUUCUUGCGAAACCCCUGAAGAUCAGGUUGCAGGUUGCAUAUCUAUUGACAAGAAUGAAGAGGAAACGAUCGUCCAGCGGUUAGCUAAGACUAAUUUGGAUCUUGUUUCGCUGCUUUCUCGAAUUUAUACAGGCAACCCAAAAGCAAUUGUAGAGAUGCUAGUUGAGCCGAUCGAUGAGACGAAAUCCCCAAGAACAAUGUUGGACGACAUUUUAAACAGUACAAGAGAUUUCUUGCAAGCUCUUAGUCUGCUGGCGGACUCGUCUGGUCGACCUUCUGCCAGCUCCCCUCGAUCAUCUAGUGGUACUGUUCUGAGUCCAAAUUCUACAUCAAACAACAUAAGACCUGAUCUUCAAAAGAGUACUAAAGACUAUGCAAAUACUCUAUCCGGAGCUGAUGAAAGCAGCACAUCCUCGCCCAUAGACGGUUCUUCAUCAAUACACUCUACCCUAUCAGAUUCCGAUUCGCAAACGUACUCAAAGUCUGAUUUCGCAACUUCGCUUCUCAUUCUCACAUGUCAUGUAUAUUUACUGCGGCUUCACGAGAUUCUGUCCUCACACAUACAUGACUUUCUAACAGAGAUCUCGGACAGUGAUGAUCCCUCUCUUUGUCCUCUUCCUGGGCUUAGCUUUUGUAGCUUUCCACUACAAUCGGGCAAUCUUCAGACGACUAUUCUCAUCCAAAUUAUAACCAGCCUUUUCGAACAGAUCGAAAGACUUCUGGGCCUACCGCGUGAUUACCGGAUAGAUCCUGGCGAGAUCGGGCCGGAUGGCUUUGCGUCGGGUGGGUUAUUGAGUAGCGAAGAGAUGCUCGGCAUUGUAAAGUUUGCAUUUCAGCAACGGGAGUCGGGCCAAUCUGAAAGUCGAAGAGGCGGAUUGGAAGCAUUACGCGAGCAUCUUGAGGGGAUAAAGCAGUUGUUGAAAAAUAGUAUAGCGCCUUAG